CAUGUUCCGUUCUCCAUGCCGCGACAUCUCCUACGUCAUACGCCGUGGACAAAGCCUGCAACUGUAGCUCUCUGCAUACCAUAUCUGUUCGCAUUACUACUGCAACCAUCUACUCCACGAUUGUAUCCUUGUGCUAAUCAUAUCUGAUCCACUUGCAAAACCUCACGAAUCAAGUCGAUCCGUACAGAACAUUUUCCCACUGUAAUCGCCAAAACGGCGCCCCCAAAGUUCCAGCUGCCCAACCGCCGCGCCGUCGCUUCCCUCGCCCUCGUUACUGUGCUUUCCGCUAUCGAGAAGCAGCGCAAGGCGAAAGCAGACCGGGAACAAGAGAGCGACUUCGCGGCGCAAGAUAUGUCGGGCGAACUUCAGACGAUACCGGCGCGACAUGGUGUUGCUACGUUUGUGCCGAGAGGCAGGACGAUCAAGAUUAUAAACACGUAUGGCCAGCAGGUGGUCAGUACGUGGGCGUUCGGGUUAGCUGCUCCGCCAGAGGAGGGCGAUAAUGAUGAGGAAGAGGAAGAACUUGAGGGGAAGGUGGAUUAUUUGAAGAAGGAGUUGAGCAAAGAAGAAGGAAAAAAUGAGGUGCCGAAAGAAGAGGGAGCGAAUGACAAAACCGCAGAGGAAGAUGCUACCAAGGUCAGUGAUGAGGGUCCAGAAGCAACCAAAGAAGAAGGCCCCCCCGAGGAAGAGCAGUCCGACAAUCCUGCGACCAAGGAUGGGGAGGGCGCAGACGACCCUCCCGAGCAAGCGCCCGAUACACCUGAGAACGAAAGGUCCGACGGGAAGAAGCCAGAGAAGCGAACAUGGUCUUCCUACCUGCCCUCCAUCCCCUACCGCAACAAGGGUCAAGCUCAGGGCCAGAACAAGACCGAUGCUCAGGCACAGCAAGAAGAAAAGGCCGAGAAAGCACAGAAUGAGGAAACGUCGAAGAAGUGGUCAUCAUAUCUCCCUACCGGUAAGGGAUUCUCCAGCUACGUGCCCAACGUGAAGAUGCCAGAUACCCAAGGCGUCGUGAGCGCGUUCAAAUCGAGCAACAGCUGGGACCCGAACAAGAGCUACGCGGAGCAACUGUAUGAUUUCUCAAAGACUCCCGUUGGUGCUGGUACUUUGGCUGUCGCCAGCGGAUCCGGAACAGCGUCAUCUCUUUACGCUGCCUACAACGCCUACACCCAGAUAAGCCCUUCAAAGAACGAUCAACCCCCCAUGGAGUACUUGUCGCUCCCUCACACCCGCGCCGCGACAUACCGCCUCGUCCCUGAACUCAAUGACACGCUCUUGACCAACCUCCGCAAUCCCCUCAUGACGCUCGUAGAAGACACUUCGCCUGGUGCGCAUGACACCUUGACCGCCGCCUGCGACGCGAACAUGUACGCCGCGCUCGGCGUCGAUAAGCCCGAAGAGCAUGGCAGCUGCGCCGAGAACCUGGUUCUCGCACUCAAAGAGCUCAACGAAAAGGCGGGCCUCAAAGGCACGAAGGCUAUUGGCGCAGACAUCACGGUCAACAUCGCUCCUACACCUUUGCACCUCUUCAUGAACACGCCCAUAGAAAUCGAUUCGAGCGCACAAUCCGAAGGCGCAGGUGCAAAGGGGGCAAAGCUCUCAGUCGAAAAGCCUAUGAGCAAGAAGCGGAGCUACGUUCGUUUCCGCGCCGAGCGCGACAUCGUCGUCGUGCUAAGCGCUUGCCCGAACGAGCUGGGACAACAGAACGGAGGGAGGUGCAUGGCAGCCAACUUCAUGGUUGAAGAGCCUGAGGAGGAUCCCUCCGCUUCUACGUCGUCGGUCAAGAGCAAGAAUUCUGCUGCGAAGAAGCUGGACACAAAGAAGGACGAAAAGAAAGAAGACAAGAAGGAGCCGGAGGAGAAGCCAAAGGUGAAGCGCAAGGCUCUUCCUAAACAGCAGAAGAAGUCAGAGGAUGCCGCGCCAAAAGUGGAAGAGGCCGAGCCGAAAGGAACUGCCAAAGUGGAAGAAGCAAAGCCAGACAAGCCACCCAAAGCAGAUGAAGAGAAGCCAGAGGACACCCCCAAGCCCAAGAAGAAGCCCAAGAAGCUCGAGCGCCGCACCGUCACCCCAAAGAGCGAGGCCUCGUAA